GUGGUGUCGAGGAGACUCCUAGGAGGAGGGUCGCCCGCUGGCGGGGGUUGUUCAACUCCCGCGGGGUCACUUCUCGCCUCCAGUUGAUGGACGUGACGAGCAUCGGGCGUUGUGCGGCGUCUCCCGGGGUGCGUCACAGGGCAGCCGAGGCAGCUCUUGCUGCCCAAGGGUUUGGAGCUCAGCUCCCGCCGCUCGGGCUAAGCGAGAGCCGACCUCGUGAGGAGCGCGUGGCGGGUCCGGUGACUCUGCGUCUGUGGUGGGCGUGCUGGUGAGGAGAUAACGGCGAGUGGCACGGAUAGGCGGGUUGAGUAGCGAGUUCGGUGGUGAGUUCGCCCUCUCCUAGGGGUGAGUCGGGCUCAGCCGAGGCUGGGUCCCGGGGGCGAGGCAGUGACCUCCUCGUCAUCCUCCGUCGCUCGCCUACGGCUGCCACUCAGAGGGGACCUAUCGGCGAUGUCCAAUCGGCCCGACUUCAAGGUGGUCCUCCUGGGAGACGUCAGCGUGGGGAAGACGUCGCUGCUGCGGCGCUACGCGGAGCGCCGCUUCGAGGACACCGUGAGCACCGUGGGGGGCACCUUCGUCAUGCGGGAGUGGGCCGGGCACACGGUGGCCCUGUGGGACACGGCAGGCAAGGAGCGGUUCCACGGACUGGGCUCCAUGUUCUGCCGCGGGGCGCGCGCGGUGCUGCUGGUGUACGACGUGACGAGCCGCGCCUCCUUCGCUGCGCUCGAGGAGCGCUUCCUUGGCCUCACCGACUCCGCCGACGCCGGCUGCAUCUUCGCUCUCGUCGGCAACAAGGCCGACCUUCUGCCGCCGCCGCCAUCCUUGACCCUGCAAAGCGACGGGAGCCCCGGAGCACUGGCGCCGGAGGAGGAGGAGCACCGUCGCCUGCGGGAAGCGCAGCGGGAGCGAACGUGUCCGUUGUCUGCGGUCAGUUUCGCACCACGACCGGCACAACCGGCUCCAGCAGCUGCUGCUGCUCGGCGGGAUAUUCCGGAUCGGCAGCGACGCGGCAGGGGAGGAGUGGCGCAUCGCCGCCCUCCCUGACCCCCGUGACCCCCACCCCUGUCACCUCCCUCGGUCACCUCACAACCCCCCCCCCCACCAGCGCCUCUCACUAGCUCGCUCUUCCAAACACUGGACAUAUGUGAAAAAGAGCUUUAUAGCUCAUCGGAUUCCUUCGGUAUAAAUAAAGUCUGAUUCUCAACACUGGGGCAGCAUGGGGAAGUGUUGAUGAUGCUCGUUGCCUCGCAGCGAAAAGUUCAUGGGUUUGAUUCCCGACUCGGGAUCCUUUCUGCGUGAAGUUUGUGUUUUACCCCCCUUCUGCAAAGAGUGUGUGGGGAGUGUGGAGUUUGUAUUCUCUGCCCCUGUUCUGCGUGAGCUUCCUCUGCGUUCUCCGUUUUCUUCCAGCGCUAAACCCACACACACAGUGGAACUGGUAUUGGUCAAGGCAUCCUACUGCUGAUAAAUUACCCGCAAACGACGCAAAUGGGAUCACGCACACAACGCGAUGCAUCAACAGAACCCUCAAGUCGACCCCAACACGCUGGUCGCCCCCACCCAUCCGCCGCCAAUGCUACAACCCUCCGAGAAGUCCUGCGAGUCGAGGAAACCAGUCGUCUUUUCAUUCUUUGGGACCUCAAUAACACAUCCCUCGUCAUCGCUUGAAGUCACGCAAAGACCUUUUGGACCCAUUCACUUCACCUUAAUGCGAAGUCAACCCCGACGAAGCUUGAGGAGCUGAAUGGAGUUUAAAGAACUCCUUGCUGUGAAAGUCCCAACGCAGAAGAUCCCUGGAUUUAAUCUUUCACGAAGCUCAUGGUUCAUCCUGAAUCGCAUCCGCACAAACCAUGGCUGCAGAUGCGAAAACCUGAUGCACAAAUGGAGAAUUAAAAACUCUCGAGUAUUGGGCGACUUUGGUCAUCUAGAACAGUCCAUACAACUUAUAACGACCCAAUGCCCGAUCCACAAAUACAAAGGAGACAUCACAGCGAUGCUACACAACUGUGCUUGCUCCUUCGGCGGUUAUCUGGCUUGACCACCUGAAUGUGAAAUUGUAGCUGUUGCUCUGCAUCUACAUCAGCCAUACAGAAGAAGAAAGCACACCAUUGGCAGGACCCUUAGUUGAGAAAGUCUCGCGACUUGGAAAGGCUUUGCGUUCCACGUCACUCCUCAUUCGGGAUCGUCUGUGUUUCUCUCUGUGUGCACAAUAACCAGCUUGCUGUGCUGCUGCCUCUCGACUACACCAAGGCCCAAGCGCUCAAGAAACUCACAGGGCGAGCAGGGCAGGUGUAGGGUUACCUUUAAUCAAACAAAGACAAAGAUCCCCCGUAUUUCAUUAACAGACUGUUGGGGCAAAUGCUGUUAGCGAGUAGCACCUAUGAAGGUCGGCACAGUACACGAGGGGGUGGGUGGCUAGAACCACGCCCGGCCGCCUUUGUCUCCCUAGUGAUGAUGAUACAUCACACCGGGUACUCAUUUAAGGCUGAGUAGACCCAGGAGAGGCCCGAGACUGGUUCAGAAAAUCGUCGCUGGUGUUGACCAUGAGCGGGAAUCAAACGCUGGUCGCCGGGUUUGUAACUCAGCGCGCUAGCCACUGUGCCACCGCUCCCCACUAUAAACAGACACAAAGACAGAGACACACACGCUACUCAACACGCACAUAACCCUGAACAUGCCUUCCUUUUACAUCCGAUCUUUAGACUUGGUGCUCCUAGCCCACACGUGCACGCACCAAUGGUUUGAAUUCCUGUUUUAGCUCCACCGAGAGCACGGCAUGACGAUAGUCGUCCAACGUCAAGAGCAAUCCGAGAACAUCCACCAACGGGGGUAGAUCUGCCAGGUGGAUUACUAGAUGGCCGGAUCAUGAGAGGUGGCGGUGGCUUAGAGAGGUCUUCAUGUCGGAUGUGGAUUGAUCAUGGUUGAUGAUGAUGAGUAAAUGAAGGCAUUGAGUAUAACUAUGUCGUGAAGGACAUGCAAUACAGGGAGAAGAGGUCACGGUGUGGGCGACGCUGGGGUCCAUUGCCGCUGAGUUCGCUUCACGUCCCUAUGUAGCUGUGUCCCACUCACCCCCUGCCAACAAUUUAACGCUCCUCCACCCGUGUGUGAUGGAGCAUUCCACUCAGAGCAGACGGGGCGUGGUGGGGGGAGGGAGAAUAUAAAAUAGCACCAGUCGUAGCAAUUCCCAUUUAAUCUACAGCACCGAAGUACAUACAGCAGCCAACAGCAGCUGGCAAAUGGCACUAGCCGAUUGGCCACUUGAGGGAACGCCGAACUUCGUGUCAAUUCGCUGCCACAAUCGCAGCCGCAGCACCAAGCGGAAUUCCGCCGAGGCGACCAAAUUUCCAGGAGACUCCAACGGGGCAAUGUGGUGAGCUGGCAGCCCCUCCCAGCACGAGACUACGCCCACGAUUGGAGUUGGCAAAAAUUCCCAAUACGGGACCACAGAGCUCGGGCAAACAUAGGCGGCGCCGGUGCCGCGUUCCUUCCUGCAUCUCUGUGGUUCCCCCUGCCCCCCCGCGCUGGAGUGUGAGAACCGCGCGCCGGAGUCACGAACACAAAUUAGACGUCGCCGGUAACAUAAUUCCGUCAUAACACUGCCCGCGGAUAAAAUCUUGACCAGGGUGGGGGGCACUGAGAUAAACUUUCUGAAAGCACACCUCCGUCGGCUUGAUAAGUAAUGGACAAGCACAGACGUGAGGUGCCCCCCCCCUGCACCCCCCCCCCAAAGGC